UGCACGAAGGAGCACGAAUGGCUUGGGUCGGGGUAACCUUUUGUUUCGUUUUAAUUGGCAUAGUGAGAACGUCAGGUGGUGUUACUCCGGUCAACAAUGAAACAAUCCCUGAUACUAAUAUUAAUAAAACGAAAUAUAUUAAUAAUACUGUCUUUCUAAACAAUGCCAGCAUUAGCACCGAAUCUAUACCUCCAGCAGCUACAAUUCUAACUACUACUGCAAAGCCCUUUGUCCAAACAACGGAUGCACCGAAGGCUACCACAGCUGAAAGCUUCAGCACUCAACAUUCAACUCAACGUCUUGAUACGACUGUGAAGCCAACAGUCGGGACCAAAGAAGUUGAGGAUGAAAAGCAAGAACUAGACUGUCCUCCUUUGGGUCUGGAGUCUCUGCGGGUUGAUGACACACAGCUCCAGUCCUCCUCGUUUCAGCGGAUGGGUCUGGGUCCUCACCGUGGGCGACUCAACAUUCAGUCUGGCCUGGAGGAUGGGGACCUGUAUGAUGGGGCCUGGUGUGCCCGGUAUGAAGACCAAAACCAGUGGCUGGAGGUGGACGCCCGCCGGCCCACCCUCUUCACUGGGGUCAUCCUGCAGGGACGCAAUUCCAUCUGGAGCUGGGACUGGGUCCACACCUACAAGGUCCAGCUGAGUAAUGACUCCCUCUUCUGGAAGCCCUGCAUGAAUGGGACAGAGGAGGCGAUAUUUGAAGGCAACCAGGAUGCAGAGACGCCAGUGCUGGGCCUGUUACCAGAGCCAACGGUGGCCCGCUACAUCCGCAUCAAUCCGCAGACCUGGUUCGAGAACGGGACCAUAUGCCUGAGAGCAGAGGUGCUGGGCUGUCCCCUGCCGGAUCCUAAUAACAUAUAUGUGUGGGAGACAGACCUAGGAUCCAAGGAUGACCUGGACUUCAGACACCACAACUACAAGGAGAUGAGAAAGCUCAUGAAGUCAGUGACUGAGGAGUGCCCUGACAUCACUCGCAUAUACAGCAUUGGAAAGAGUUACACAGGGCUCAAGCUGUAUGUCAUGGAGAUCUCUGACAACCCGGGCAAACACGAACUGGGUGAACCGGAGUUCCGCUAUGUGGCGGGGAUGCAUGGGAACGAGGUCCUGGGCCGGGAGCUGCUGCUAAACCUGAUGCAGUACCUGUGCCGCGAGUACAAGAGGGGCAACCAGCGCGUGGUUCGCCUGGUGAAGGAGACUCGCAUCCACCUGCUGCCCUCCAUGAACCCCGAUGGCUACGAGGCGGCAUAUGAGAAGGGCUCAGAGCUGUCUGGGUGGGCCCUGGGACGUUACAGUUAUGAGGGUAUCGACAUGAACCACAACUUCGCCGACCUGAACAACAUUUGGUGGGAUGCCCAGGAGAACGCGACGGACAAAUCCAAAGUCAGCAACCACUACAUCCCCAUCCCAGAGUACUACACCUCAGAGGAGGCCUUUGUUGCCCCGGAGACCCGUGCAGUCAUCAGCUGGAUGCAGAACAUCCCGUUUGUGCUGAGCGCCAACCUGCACGGAGGGGAGCUGGUGGUCACCUACCCCUUCGACUGCACCCGGGACUGGGCCCCGCGUGAGCAAACGCCCACCCCGGACGACAGUUUCUUCCGCUGGCUGGCUGCGGUCUACGCCAGCACCAACCAGGCCAUGGCCAACCCCGACCGCCGCAUCUGCCACUACGAGGACUUCCAGCACCUCAACAACAUCAUCAACGGAGGAGACUGGCACACCGUCCCAGGCAGCAUGAAUGACUUCAGCUACCUGCACACCAACUGCUUCGAGGUCACGGUGGAGCUGUCCUGUGACAAGUUUCCUCACGUCAGUGAGCUGCCAGCUGAGUGGGAGAACAACAAGGAGUCUCUGCUGGUCUACAUGGAGCAGGUUCAUAGAGGAAUCAAGGGUGUGGUGAGAGACAAGGACACAGAGGCUGGCAUUGCCAAUGCCAUCAUCAAGGUGGAGGACUUGGACCAUGACAUAAGAACAGCCGAUGAUGGAGACUACUGGCGGCUCCUGAAUCCGGGAGAAUACAAGGUGAUGGUGCACGCCGAGGGCUACAUCCCCUCCGUGCGCAGGUGCCGCGUGGGGAACGACCCCCGCCCCACCAUCUGCGACUUCCGCCUCACCAAGAUGCCCAAGCAGAGGCUGCGCGAGAUCCUGGCCAAGGGCGGCAAGAUCCCCAAGGACCUGCAGCUGCGCCUGCGGGCCCUGCGGCUGCGCAAGCUGCGCGCCAGCACCAAGGCCAUCAACCGCCGCCGGGCCCGGGAGCGCAAGGCCAGAGCCGCCCACAGGUCCUUCUAAUGACCAAUCAGAGCAGCCUGGGGCCUAAAAGCGGCACCUUACCUGUUUGUUC